UGACACCUUGGUAGUUCCUGCGAGGGUGGAGAGAGUCAACACGCACCGCCCGACUCCUUCCCUGUUUUCCCCUUUAAUAUUUCCCCCUAACCCUUUGUGUGAUGCGGUGAGGGUGUUUUGAAGUGUCUAGCCUGCCGGUGCCGGGAUAAGGCAGGCGAGGGAGCUGUGCAGAAGGGAAGGGAACGACUCCUAGAGUUAGUAUGCGGCAGAACGACACUCUCCCCGUUUCACCUUUCUCCAGCAGCUGAUUACUACGGAAAGUUAUAGUCACCCCUUCGUGCCUCCAAUCUCUGCCAUGCUGCGGGGGUGGCUGACGGUGGCGGUGGUGGUGGCGACGGCGGCGGUGACGGAGGGGCAGAGGGCGAAUGAUCCUCCGAAGUUCCUCCCGGGCGGUGACAUGCGGGGCUUCACUCUCAGGGAGGACACCCCGGUGGGCUCCUCCGUGUACCAGCUGAAGGGCCGCGACCCCGAGGGCACGCCUGUGUCCUUCACGGUGUCCGGGGACCAUCUGAGUGUUUCGCGGGACACGGGCGUGGUGACCCUGGUGCGGGCGCUAGACAGGGAAAGCUUGGCGAAGAUUGAGGCGAUCAUCACGGUGACAGACGAGCGAGUGUACGGGUUCGAGGCCAACACGGUGCCGCUGAGGAGAGAGAUUCCCGUGCUGGACGUGAACGACAACCCGCCCGUGUACCAUGACCAGCCCUACACCUUCACCGUGUCUGAGUCCGCUUCCCCUGGGGCCACGCUCUUCUCGCAGAUCAAGGUGUCCGAUGCCGACGAAGGGGAGAACGCGAAGGUGACGCUGGAGUGUGUUCGAGAAAAGAGCCCAGAAGCUUGUGAACAGUUCGAGGUCCGGGCGGCGCAGGUGCUGGAGGGAGAGUUUGUGGGCAUUGUGUCCCUGCGGCAGAUUCUGGACUAUGAGAGGGAGAGUCGGUACACCUUGGUGAUACGAGCCUCGGACGGUGGCUUUGAGAAACGGCUCAGCUCCACAGCGACAGUGGUGGUCGAGGUCCAGGAUGUGCAGGACCAACCGCCAGUGUUCCUCAAUGCCCCCUUCAGCGCCACCGUCAGAGAGGCAUCGCCCCCUGGCACCUCUGUGUUAAUGGUAGGGGCCAGAGAUGGUGACCUGGGGGAGCCACGCCCUGUCACCCUCACACUGGAAGGGGACGACGCAGGCUACUUCACCCUGCAGGACAUCAAGACCCACGAGGACGGCUCCAUCACAGCUACCCUCGCCACCACCAACGUGACUCUGAACCGAGAGAACCCACUCAUCCUCAACAAUGGGGGACUCUACACCUUCAGCAUCAGAGCCCAAGAGGAGGGGAAAGGGCAGACGCAGACCGCUGUGUCGCAGGUGACGGUGGUGGUGACAGAUGUGGAUGACCAGAAGCCUGUCUUCACGGAGGACGCCAUUGCUGUGCAGGUGCCUGAGGACAUUGCCAAUGGAACCCCCUUGCCCGGCCUGAACCUGGUGGUGAGUGACGGGGACGUGGGGGAGAACGCCCGCUUCACCCUGGCACUGGAGGACAUAUUUGGGUCUCGAGGCGUCUUCUCCAUCUUCCCAGUGAGUGCUGUGGGGAGGACACCAGUCAUCAUCAAGGUGGCUGAUUCCUCUCGCUUGGACUUUGAGGAUCCCAGUGCAUCCAACUUUGUCUUCAAGGUGGUGGCCAGUGCCAACGGGGAACCUGUGUCUGCGGCUGUGGUCAAUGUCACAAUCACAGAUGCCAAUGAUAAUGCUCCCACCUUCCCCAAGUCCUCCUACAGGUUUGGAGUGAGUGAAGGUGUGGAGCGUGGUCAGCUCAUCACCUCCCUCCUGGCCAACGAUUCAGACUCUGGCGCUUUUGGGGAGAUUCGCUACAGCCUAAAGGGGUUCGGUGCCGAGAAGUUCAGGGUUGACGAGGAGGAGGGAGACAUUCAUGUGGCCAACUGUGGGGGGCAGACUUGCCUGGACUAUGAGCGGCAGACUACCUUCUCCCUCACCUACUCGGCCACUGAUGGGGGAGGCAAAGUCACCUCUGUCAACAUCUUCAUCGACGUGGAGGAUGAGAAUGACAACUCGCCGGUAUUCUCGCAGAGGGAGUACCGCAGGACCGUGGAUGAGGGUGUGAAGGCCUUUGACCCACCCCUGUUUGUCAAGGCCACAGAUGCUGAUGGAGAGACCCAGGGGGGAGGGAAGGUGUUCUACUCGUUAGAGGAGGGGAACACCCAGGACGAGGCCUUCUUUGUGGAGCCUGUGAGUGGGGAGCUGACCAUUCAGAGGCCCCUCACCCACCUGGACACCCCCACCUCCACCUACACCCUCACCAUCCGGGCCACUGAUGCAGGUGAGCCUCCACGAUACACCGAUGUCCGUGUGUUCAUCACAGUUGGCCGGGACACCAACAGGCCACCAAGGUUCCGUCAGAGGACAUACAAAGCUGAAUUGGCUGAGGAUGUUGAGGCAGGAACUAUGGUGGCACAGGUCUCAGCCACUGAUCCUGAUGGCCCGGACGAGGGCAUCACCUUCCUGCUGACUGCUGGUGCGCAGGACAACUUCAUCAUCAACACCACUUCCGGGGAGAUCCAGGUGGCCAAGGGAGCAAGUCUGGAUCGCGACGUCACUCCGCAGUUUGAGGUGGUGGUGGCAGCAGUGGACAGCGGUGCCCAGACCCGCCAAACUUCAACCACCACCCUCACUGUCACGCUGCAGGAUGUCAACAACAAGCCCCCAAAGUUCUCUCAGGAAUCGUAUGUGCAGUAUGUGAGUGAGAGGCUUCCGGCAGGUGAGGAGGUGCUGAGGGUGAGGGCCAAUGACCCUGACCAAGACGCUUCCCUUCACUACAGCAUCGACAAGCCCGUCCUUGCACGUGACAAGACUGGUGUAGCACUCAACCCUGCCUCCCCCUAUGACUACCUGGGUGCCUUUAGAAUCAAUGAGACAUCAGGUGCUGUGGAGGUUGCUGGGCCGCUUAACCAUAACGAGGCAGCCGUCGUCAUCCUCCCCAUUGUGGUCACAGACAAGAAUGCCUCUGCAUCCUUCCCUAACCAGACUGACAUGGCUGAAGUGACACUGUACAUUCAGGCAUUCAGUGACAAGAACCCAAUCUUUGUUCCGCCCUGGACGCCGUCUCGGCCACAGCUGCAGGUGCAGGUCAAGGAGGAGCAGGAGCUGGGCACCAAGGUGUUUUCUGUCAUUGCCAAAGACCCCGUUUCAGGCCAACCAGUGCGGAGAUAUGAGAAGGUGGAGGGAUCAGACCCUGACAACAUGUUUUCUGUAUCAGCUAUUACUGGUGAAGUUUCCCUAAACUCCCGACUGGACUAUGAAGCCUCAGAGACUAAGACUGCCAAGCUGCAAGUGCUGGCCAUCGCAGGAGACCGCUCCAGCCAGGCCUCCAUCACUGUCAACAUUGAGGACGUGAAUGACAACAGCCCCAUCUUUACUGAGAAUGAGUACCACACACGCCUGGCUGAGGAUGCUCGCUUCCCCAAAUCAGUGUUGACAGUCUCAGCAACAGAUGCAGACACGAAGGAGCGCGGGGAGGUCAGGUACACGCUGGGAGGAGAAGGCGCCUUGCUCUUUGUCAUCAAUGAGACCACAGGCGAGAUUGUUGUUGCUCGAGGCGCCCAGCUGGAUCGAGAGGCCUCGCCCACCAUCACACUGGAGGUGACAGCCCAUGACACACCAGAAGGCGGCAUCACACAGCGCAAGACUACUGUAAUUGUGGAGGUGGAGUUAGUGGAUGUGAACGAUGAGGUGCCGGUGUGGAGCGAGGAGCACUACACAGCCGUGGUGGCGGAGAACACAGUGGUGGGCAGCCCUGUGACGCAGGUCCUCGCCACAGACCCAGACUUGGGGCUCAAUGGCCUUGUGCGUUACCAGCUGCCAGAGCCACAGGGGGAGGUGGAAGGACUAUUCUCUCUGGAUUCUGAGACCGGUGUGCUGAAAGUGAAGGCUCCUCUCAAUGGUAAGGGCCGCACGGAGGCCUACGAGGUGACUGUGCGUGCUGUGGACCAGGGCACCCCACAGCAGUACUCUGAGGCCAUCAUCCACCUCCUCAUUGGUGAUGUUUCCACUAAUGAUGGGGUCCCAACCUUCAAGCGGCCAGCGGCCAACGAAGGUGCCACCAUCAUGGAGAACUCCAAGGUUGGGACAGCAGUCUUCCAGGUGGAGGCUGAGGACCCUGAUGACCCCAAUACCCCCAAUGGCAAGAUUAACUACUCCUUCCUUGAUGACGGCAGUGACAGCGGCAUCUUUGAGAUAGAUGCCACCACUGGAAUGAUCCGCACACGCGCUGCAGUGGACCGGGAGGCACGAGAGCAGUACACAGUGGUGGUGGUGGCGCAGGACCUGGGCCGGCCCCCACAGCUGUCCUCCAGGCUCCUCACCAUUAACAUUACUGAUGUGGAUGAUAACCCGCCUGUCUUUGUGAGGUUUCCGGGUGGCAAGGCUGUCGAAGUGGAGGUGGAGGAGGAAGCAGCAAUUGGAACAGUGGCGGGAUACGUCGCAGCCACAGACAAUGAUAGUGGGGACAACGCCCUCAUUGACUACCGCAUAACUGAUGGAAAUGACCGUGGGCUGUUUGCCAUUAACAGGACAUUUGACAACCGCGGGAUGAUCUUUGUCAGCAAGCGUAUUGACAGGGAGGAGGUGGACUCUGUGACCUUGACCCUUCUGUGUGGGAAGCUGGGGCGCAGGAUGCCGGCCAAGAUGGAGUAUGACCACGCCAACCCGGCCAUGAUGCAGGUCCGUAUUAUGAUUCGUGACUUGGAUGACAAUAAACCAGCAUUCCUGAAGAAGGAGAUGACUACUGGAGUGCGGGUGGAUGCAGCACUUCAAACUGAGGUGCUGAAACUGCGUGCUGAAGACAAGGACCCCACCGCACUCCCCAUCAGGUAUGGUCUCCACAACAUCAGCUUCUCUCACCUUGAGGACACUGUUGAGCUGCUGCCUGAGGGAGAGGUGAAUGCUACUGGAGUCUUCCUGCUGGAGGAGAGCACUGGUGUGCUGCGAACCAAUGCUCCACUCACACGCUACACCCAUGGCUUCUUCACGGCCUUCGUCACGGCCUCCUCUUCACUUUACAACACUCCUUCAGAUGAGCCAGCUGUUGCCAAAGUCAUGAUCUAUGUGCUGCGUGAUUCCGACCUUCUUCGCUUUGUGUUCCGGCUCACCCCUGGUGAGGUGCGGCGGCGACUGAACACCUUCAGUAAAGACGUGGAGAGUGUGCUUCCUGUGGCAGCCUCACUCAACAUCUAUGAGACAGCCUACUACUCUGAGGCUGAUGGUGCCAUUGACUUCUCCAGCACGGGGUCAUGUUUCCAGUUGGAGGGAAGGAACAUGCAUGAUACAGAAGUGCUGCUUGAUGCCUCACAGAACCCCAAGCUAAAUCGUGUGUUCGAGAAGUACUCUGUCAGGAAGGUAGAGAGGUGUGUGCCAAGGCGAGAGGCUAGUGGAGCUGACUGGGUGGAGGUGUGGGUGAUGGUGAUCGCUGCCUUCAUUGGUGUUGGCGGUGCUGUGGCUGCUUGUGCCGUUUGCUGCCUCUACUCCCACUAUCGCCGCAAGGUGAAGCGUCACAACCACCACAUGCGUCUGCUAGAUGCACCCCCCUCAGUAGGUCCUGUGCUACCCCCUGGGUCCAUUGUUAUGUUACCCCCAGGCCCUCUGGGACCCCCAGGACAUCCAGGCCCUGUGGCAGUGAGUUCAGGAGCUCCAAUGCCCCCUGCCUCUAUCCUGAGCUCUGAGCCUCCGAGAGCAUACGAGUGGCAGGAGCGAGGGCUUCCCUUAGACAGCGCCUCAUAUAGGAGUGCCCAGCGGUAAUGUAAGUGGUGCUGAACCUUUUGUUGAUGUGUUCAGGGUAUUAUUGGAGUACAUAGAUCCAGGUAGAGUGACUAAAUAUUUUUUCAUUAUGUAAAGGACCUACAAGUGUAGUAGUAAAAUAUCAGGUGCUCUAAUUUGACCACAUUCCAUUGAAUCAUGCUAACCAGCUAAAUAAGCUGCAGUCUUGGUAGUUUGAGAAGAAUGUAGCAAUAUUUUAUGGGGGCAGUGAUAGUGAAGUUUGUCUAUGGCUUCAUGAAGAGGAUUGAUGGGUAUAUUCUAUUUUUCAUAUCUUAACUAAAACUUUUUAGCCCAUAUCUCUCCUAUGCUUUCCCUCUUGUACAAUGCCAAACCACCUCAGAGUGUUCUGCUUCAUGUGGUCACUUCUGGAGUCUGAAGCACAAUCAUUUUAGAUUACAAAAUACAACAUCCAUUGUAGUGAUUACAAUUUUAUUUUUAUUUAAUUAUACUGUCAUAAUUAAAUGUUUGGAAUUUUAAUACUCAGCAUGAAGAUCACAAGAGGUUUUCCUUUUAGUAGAAUAACUGAAGUAGAGGUAGAACUAAAGACAUGGAGGAACUCAGCAGGUCUUACAGCCUCUUGGGUUUUUAUAUGGUGAUAGGUAGCUUGUAUAGUUAAUAGUUUUACUAAUUUAUUGUUUAUAAAUAUAACAAGUACGACUACUAUGUUUUGAAACAUCCAGUAUUUGCUGUACAUAGAUAAGAAGGAAUUUUUUAAGAUAUACUUCAGGAGAUUUAAGUUACUUAUUACAAAGCCGUCCAUUAGUUUUUUACAGUCAGUUUUGAGGAUGUUGAUAUGAGCUAUUACUUGCCUUUGUUAUUGAGUCCUUCCAUAUUGCAGCACUUUAUCAGUGCCUUAGCAUGAUCAGUGUAUUUUAAGGUAAAGCUUUUGGAAGAGUACAUUUUGCACACCAGAUGUCUUGAUUUAAAUGUUUAUAUUUAUAUAAUUUUGACUGCAUUUGUGAAAAUGUUGUUUUAUCAAAUUUGAAAAUGUGAGCUGUUAUGUAAAGAGAAAAUAUAUCUUUUUUAAAUCUAAUUUGAUCCAUAUAUUUGGCAAAAAACUGCUGGAACCAUAUAGCUUUAAGUAAAGUAAGGUAAAGUUAGGGGCAUAAGCUGCAUGUUAGCUGACACUCAUCUCAGUCCCAUCAUCCCUUGAGCUAAUGGUGGGUAAGAACUCAUUACUCCUGGACACAGGGCUAGUGUAACAUCCAGGUUACCACCGUUUACUUUUCCUACGUAUCUCCAGGUACCCAUUUAUUGACCAGCCUGAAAGGGAGGAUGAACAGCUGGGUAGGCUGGGAUCCAAUUACCCUAGGCCAGGAUCAAACCUAGGCCUGUGAAUUUGUAGGUGGGCUUUACUAACCACUACACCAACUAUAUAGUGAAGGAGCUUGGUUAAAAGCUUUGAUCUUUCUGUUUGAAGAAAAAAAAAAAAAAGUGAUAAACCAUCAUUAUCUUUACUAAGUGGUCUAUUAGUUAUGGCCACAGGUAAAUGGUCAGGAAAUUUGUUGAUAUAUCAAGGAAAGAAUCAAACUAUUGUCUUGUUUUAACAUUAUAUUAUAUACUCUUUGUUGGCACUAAUUUGUAAGCAAUUCAGGGCUUAGGGGUAACAAAACAAAAAAAUCUAAACAAACAGACAACAAUUAUUCAUGUGUCUAGGCCUUGUGGAUCACUGGCUGGAAGCAAACAGGAUCAGGCUGUAAAUGUAACACAGUGGAAGGGAGGAGCCAUGAGUGAGUGAGUCAGGGGAGGAAGGCCCAAUGUUAGAUGUGAGGAGGGUGAGUGAAGGCCUCCUAGUGGUGUAUCCCAGCAAACCUUAUAGUACAAACUGUGUUUGUGUGUGUGAACCCUCCUCCUCUACAAAAGCUUACAUAAUUACCAUUGAUUUAAAAGGUCUUUACCCCUCUUUUUGGUAAGGUGUGUAUUUCCAUGUCAAUGUUAUGUGUGUGAUAACAUUCCGUAACUGUAAAGGCUUAAAUAGACUUUAUAUAUAUAUAUAUAUAUAUAUAUAUAUAUAUAUAUAUAUAUAUAUAUAUAUAUAUAUAUAUAUAUAUAUAUAUAUAUAUAUAUAUAUAUAUAUAUAUAUAUAUAUAACAAAACAUUUCACAUGUGCUUAUCAAAUUGUAAAUUUCUUACCUCUUCCUCCUUUAACUUUUGGGCACAAAACUUUCUACACAUUAUCAUAUUCCUUCUCAUGUGUAUAAUGCAAGAUUUUAACAAUUUUGAACCCUCAUUCCUACUGUUGUACUGCCACAAACAGACUACUACUGUAUUCUUCUACAUUUUUCUUUCUUCCUGCAACAUGGGCCACUUUCAAUCUUCAAGUUCUCAUUCACUUACAGAACUCAUCUUUAUUCAACAAACAACCUUUCACUCAAUCUCUUUGCAGGCCCAUAAUUUUGGCAGAUUUUAUGGGGGGGGCUAGAGAGCAUCAUUGGUUCAUGAGAUGGGGGUGCACAGGGGCCUUAGUGAAAUUUUUUGAAAGCUAAGCUCUUUUAGGGGCAUUUUGAAGCCAAUAUAGAAAACACUGGGGGCCAUAGCUCCCCCCCAGAAAUUACAGCCCUGCUUUGAGAAGCAGUGAAUAUUUUUUAAAGAUUUUCCCAAAAUUGUUGGUCUACCUCCUUAUACGUAGUCAUGCAUCAUCACUUAUAACAGUUAUUUGUUUAAUGUGUCACAUUAUUAACAUUUGUCACUAUUUAAAUGAUUAACAGGAAGGCAUAGGACAUUCACCGGGUUCAUGAGGCAUGUUUGAGUAACCUGUUCCCCAAUACUGGUUCCCUUUUCCAUCUAACAAACACCAAAUCUCAACAACCCUCAGUCAGAUUAAAGAUACAUACAACACGAUAUGUCACUCCACAUCUUACACUUAUUCAUGGACCAAACAAACAUCUAAAGCCUCGGUCACACAUUCACUUAUCAAGCUCACGUAUGUGAUUUUUGGCCCAUACGCGGGGCGGGGUUUGUUGCCGCGAUCAACUGGAUACGUGUCACGGGCCGAUGUACGUAAAGCUUGUACGGUCAACAUAGGGACGCCAUAACGUCAGUACGAGGUAAUGCGUAUUAAGCCUAUGCACUGCGCAAGCAUGACGUGACGCUUACCCAAAUUGCCACGACAAGAGGCCACACCCCCACAAGUAGUGCGUGGCAGAGCACGUAACAGCCAUGUACGUAUACCGUAUGUGUAACGUGGUGCAUUACGACCCUGCAUCAUCCUCACAUUAUCCCCACGUACAUCGGUGGGUAAACGUGAGAGGUACGUACAUAAGGGCCGUGCUGCACACCUGUGAUUGCAGUUCCCAUCAACAUCUACCUGCAGCAAGAAGUACUCCCCUCCUGCUGAAUCAACAUGGAGAACAUUGAAGACAUCCUUGCCCUUAUAACACCAGCAAACAGCCAUAACACAUAAUUAAUGGAGGCCAUCCUGGAGUAUGUGCAUGCCAUGGUAUACUGGUAUUAGUUGUGAAGGUCCACCUUGCAAGUGAAAAAACAGAAAAAAGAGGAGGCCGAGGAGGGUUUGGGCUUGGCUGUACUUGCAAAGAAGAGUGGACCUAGGCCACUAUGACAACCUGAUGGAGGAGUUGACAACCGAAAGUCCAGAACUGUACAGGAAUUUUACCCGGAUUGACAAGGACCUCUUCAGUGAAAUAGCUGAACUUGUCACACCCCACAUUCAGAAACAACGCACAUUCUAGAGAGAAUCCCUUGAGCCAGGCCUGGGUGUGGCUAUCACCUUACGUUUCCUCGCCACGGGUGACUCAUACAAGAGUCUGUCAUACGCAUUCCGAGUAGCCCACAACACCAUUAGUUACAGUGUACCAGCGACCUGCAGGGCUAUUGUUGCUGUCUACGGAGAUGAGGAACUGCAGGUGCCACAAACACCAGAGGCUUGGAAGCAGGUUGCCCGCGGGUUGUUGGAGGUUUGGGUGACCCUGAAGCUAAAGAAGCCCCCUUCCGUGAUCUCUUGGUGGUGUCCAUGGGCAUAGUUGAAAGUAGUGACGACAAUGUCUACUGACGAGGGCGCUGGCGGGGGUGAGAGGUGGUGGUGGUGGCUUCGAGGUAUAUGUUGUUGCUAGUCUGAGAGAGGAACUGAAGCCGCAAGCCCGCCGCACGGCGUAUACACACCAUGCACAACGUUGCAACGUCGUCAUGGGUACCCGAGGAGCGGCGCUGGUGCCACGGAUGCUCCUGCACCACGUGAGGACCCACGCAUUGCGUUGCGGGAACAGGGGAGCAGCGUGGGACCAUGUGUAAGCGCCCCGCAAGCACGCCGUAAGCGCCACGUUGUACGCGUGAAGCCACAUAAAAUGGCGGUUGACGUGAGCAGCCAUGUAUCUUUUGAACAUGUUAUAGCGACCCCCCGUCUCUGCCCUGUAUGCCCACGUACGUAAAUACACAUUAUGGGACAUUUACGUUGUACUUACGUAAGCGGUUGCCGACUACCAAUUUCUGUUCGUGCGUGGGCGUACGUGGCUUGAUACGUGGAUGUGUGACCGAGGCAUAAAUCUACUUCCUAUAUUUCUAUGACUAGAGUACAUGAAACAAAUUUUUUCCAAGAAAAUAUAAAAUAUGUAACAUUUCUUCUUGAUUCCCUGGCAGGAAGUUGGCCUCUGUUUUUUUGAGUGUACAUGCCAUGGCUGGGAGUGUGAAGGUGUACAGGUGGAGCAUUCAGUUAUGGGUUCAUGCAUCCAUUGCCGCAUACACUCCUGGCUCAUCUUGUGUACACUUGUAGGAGUUGGCAUGUUGCAGGUAUUGUGAAUGCAAAUGUGAGAAGUAGGGAACCUGCUCACAGCCUAAGAUGAAUGACAAGGAAAAUUACUUUAUAAGCAAGAAAAUAUAUAGCAUUUUUUUCCUCUUUUUGUAAUAAUCGGCAACAUCAGCAACAAACAGUCCAGUGUGAGCACCAAGUACCAAGGCUUUAAAAGACUAUUUUUGAAGUAUUAUUGAAGCCUAACACCUAGCAAAAAUACCAAUACUCUGUGGGCAAAACUUUAAAAUCCUUAUUUUUAUAGUUUCAAUAACAAAUUGUGAAGUGAACACAAUACAUAAUACAGAUAUUGACAUGGCUGAGAACACUGAAAAUUAUAUACUGUCACACUCAUUGUACAAGCUGGAAUGUCCUUUCAGGUCAAGCCAUGUAUUAUUUCCUGCAUCUCCAUACUUUCUAUCAUUCAAUAUAUAUAUAUAUAUAUAUAUAUAUAUAUAUAUAUAUAUAUAUAUAUAUAUAUAUAUAUAUAUAUAUAUAUAUAUAUAUAUAUAUAUAUAUAUAUAUAUAAUGGUAGUUCUUUCUCUUUGCAUCAGCAUUUUCCAUGUUAGUGCCUGGUCACUGUUUGUGUCAGGAAGAUUGGCAGGCAUCACUUGGAGGGCUGAGUGUGAAGUCAUGUCUAUGGGGCCCACCAUGGCACUAAUGUGGAAAUGCAGCAAGAUAGCACUAAGACAGGUUUUGGCCUUAGCAGAGUUAAACUUUGGCCACCAUACUCAAUUAGGUUUUACUUUGCUUUGCAUUCAUCACAACCUAGCAAUGCACAUAGAUGCAUUUACUUUGAGAAUUAACAAUUAUAUGUAGUAUCUUUCAAUAUCGUGAGGUGCUCGGAAGCAAAUUUCCUUGUUUCAGUUGUACAUGAAUCCUCCUCCUAAAUCACACAUUUGUAAAUAUCACUGUACAGUGUGAACUUAUUUUACGUGUGCACUGUGUGUAUGAAUACCAUGGCGAGACUAAUCUAUUAAAUAUUAGUAUGAAGGGAAUGCCAACUGAUAUUUGGCAAAGCUGGUUCAACACACACACACACACAAACUUAUGCAUGCAGGCAGAGAAGCAUACACACAUGCACACCUACACACACAUGCACACACACACAAGUACACAUGCUCUCUCUCUCUGUCACUCACUCGGUUGCUCGCUCAUUUUAUCUCUCGGUCACUUACUCGUUCGCUGACUCUCUCUUAGUCACUCGCACGCUCACUCUUUCGGUCACUCACUUGUUCUCUCUCUCUCUCUUUCUUGCUUCUGUUCUCACUUUCUCGCUUGCUCUCUCUCGCUCUCUCACUCUCGCUUGCUCUCUCUCGCUCUCUCACUCUCGCUUGCUCUCUAUCACUCUCUCACUCUCGCUUGCUCAUUUGCUCUUGCUCUCUCACUUUUUCUCAUAGAUCUACAAGGGCAAUGGGCUAGUGAAUCCUGCACAAAGUUUGAAUUUUAACAAGUUGGGUGGUAUAAUAUAUGUAAGCUGAUUUCUGAUUUCUUUAUAAUCUGAAUUAAUAUGCUCAUGUAAAUCACAACUAUGGGUUUCAGAGACCAUGUUAUAUUAUUAGGGGGGAAUAACUUUUAGCAAAUCAUCAGGUACUGAUGAUAAAUUGAUAGAGCAUGUCUCAGACCUUGCCCUGUUUUCUUCAAUAUGAUUAAUAUUAACAAGAUGUGGAUGAUUAAAACCUUUAUAAGAGACAUUUUAUGAUAAGAUUCAAAAGAUGAAGUGCUCCUUAACACAAGGCUGACAAACGUUUCUGUGGAGACAGCGAUGUACGCAUGCGCUGGGAGGCCAAUGUAUUAUACUGUGUCUGGCAUUAAUUACUAAACCCUCCAUCUCCUUCAGUGGGCAGUCCCGCAGGCUAAUUCAGUCAGUGGACAGUUAAAUCUAGGUUUUCCUAACUGCUAUGGUAAUAUAAUUUAGAAAAUGAAUGAAUCAAUCAGCAGGGGCAUACACCGGGGGGUGCAUCGCCUCGCCCACCCUACGACGCCAAGCCCGGGGGUCCAUCCGGGCGAGUCUCCAUGCAGGCCCCCUUCCCAACCCAAGUACCUCCCGGCAGGAUCUAACGACCUGCUCAAGCCACAAACUCCAUGGGCAUCCCUCUGGCCUCCUCCACUCGGGAUUGUCUCUUACAGAGACAUCCCAAUGAGCAGGAUCAGCUUCAGGGUAACGUGCCACGUGCCCGUAUAGCCGGAGUUGGCGUUGAUGGACUAUGCAAGUAAUAUAUGUCGAAUCAGUCUCACGGAGUAGUCGCCGGUUUGACACAAAGUCAUUCCAGUGACAUCCCAUGAUUCUGCGUAGACAUUUAUUACCAAAGGCAUCAAUCCGCCUCUCCAAGUCCCCAUUUAGUGUCCAUGUCUCACAACCAUAGAGUAAGACAGGGAGCACAAGGGACUUGAAGAUCCGUAAUCUUUGCCCUUCUGCACAGGUACCGACAAUGCCAUAUACUUGUGUUGAGCGAGUCCAUAACACUGUGGGCCAAGCCAAUCCACCGUUGUUAUGAACUACGCUACCAAGAUACGUGAAACUUUCUGAGAUCUCAAUGUCCUCACCACACGCAUGAACAGACUGUACUGUUUCAUCUAGCAAGCCUUCAAACACCUGCACCUUGGCCCAGGAGACCUGAAGUCCCAAGGGCUUCACCUCCUCGUGCAAUGCCUCGAGAGCCAUCACCAAAACCUCCAGCAACUCCGCCAGGAUUACUGCAUCAUCAGCAAAAACAAGGUCAGUGACCCUGGUAUUGCCAAUCGAUGCUCCGCAAUGACUCUGGUCCACAACUCUGCCCAGUACCCAGUCCAUACAAGUGCUGAAGAGCGAUGGGGCAAGGACACAGCCCUGCCUCACUCCACUGAUAUCUCACUGACCACCAGCACAUAUGCAUGAUGCUGUCUCCACAGCAAUGUUUGCCAGCCUCACGUUGUGAACCACUUCAUCUUCAGGAUUUUGUAUUAGAGAUACUGCAAUAACGCAGAGAAAAAGUCACGUAAUGUAACACUAUAGAGUGCUGGCGGUUUGCUGCCCUGGGGUUCUGUAAUUUUAUCAUUAUGUGUCUCUUUUAAAUGCUUUAAUUGUCCACAUUUUGCUAAUAAAUCAUAUUGACAAAAUUUGGGCAAGGUCUGAAACAAUCUAUCAAUUAUAAUAUUAAUCCAAAAUUUUGUUAUAUGUUAUUUUGAAAAAGCAAUAUAACAUGAUCUCUUGAGCCCUUUGUAGUGCAAGUUAGUUCACACUGUACUUCCACACUCAAAGAUAUUAAUGGAGCUUAUAACCUCUCUACAACUGUACAAAGAAAAAUAACAAUGCUUCUUAUGAAUAAAUAGCAAAUAUGAUGUUACUGUUGAGUUCAAACACACUGCACACUUGGUAAUCCAUCCACUUCAUACCUUACAUAACUAUAAAAUCUAUAUAAAUCACAGAAAAUGGCUGGUUGGAGGCAAUGAAUGCUGUGUAAUAACUGAUCACAGCAGCAGCAGCACCUACAAGUCUCGGUGGGGUGAAGGGAAAGGCUGUGCACCCACACGAGGGCAGAAACAAUGGCGGGGUGGAUCUCAAAUAUUUAGUUAUAAAUUAGUAAAUUAAGCUGGCUGGUGGUAGAUAUUAUAUAAGGCAGUUAAUAUGCACCUUUUUUUUCAGCCAGUUAGGACAACAAUCACUACCACCACUAUUAGUUGUCCUACUGGCCAUCCUUCCUCCCAGUUAGCACACAUCAGCCUUUCUCUUUCAUUGAGUCAUUAUGAACACAUGCAGCAAGUCCUCCCAAUACUGGAUUAAUUCUGUACCUUUUGUGGACAUCCAGCAAAUGGAAUGUUUCCUAUUUUCUCCAUUUUUUUUCUUGAAUUCAUGGACUGGCUAAGAGCAUAAGAAAAUUUUGUUGUAUCAAUGGCAUAAGAACACAUCUGUAUGGAAACAAGUGUGGGACUGAAAUGACUUGUGAGGGAUGACUGUGUGAACUGCUAAUGACCUGCCAAUAUUCCAUGUCACUCAUCUAGUCACACUAUUCUGGUGUAUUUUCAUCCAAUACCAAAGGUUUUGUAUGCUAAAAGUCUGGGCCAUCCUUCAAUUAUCAUGAUGCAUGGAGGGGAGGGUCUCUGCCAGAUGAGAAAUAUGUAAUGAGAGUAUGGCAAUCACAAAUGCAUGAAACAUGACUAGCCAAUAAUCAGUCCCACAGUCAAGUGUAUGCCAGUUACCCAGUCAUGAGAACAAUAACUUCAACUAUGCCGUGCAGAACAGAUUGGUUUAGAAGGAAAUCUUGGAUGGUUUCAUAAUUCUAUGAAUUCAGGCAAGGACACUCAGUGGCCUCUGCUGCUUGUAAGAGUCCAGUGUUGGGAGUCAGAGAGUUGACCUUGUCCUGGCCUCUUCAAAGACCAAUGAUGAGAGAAAAAUGUUGUUCACCAGUAAUUUUUGACAUUUAAAGAGGGAUAUUCCAUUCCUCUUCUUGUACUAAGAGCAGGUCAUGUGGAUAACUAUAUCAAUGUGUGUGUGUGUGUGUGUGUGUGUGUGUGUGUGUGUGUGUGUGUGUGUGUGUGUGU